AUGGGUUUCUUUGAUAACAUCUGGGACGGCGUCAAGUCGGCAGGUCAGUGGGCCAUCGACCACGCGGCCGAUAUCACUCCUGUCAUCGGGGCUGUUGGCGAAGCAGCAGCAAGCUUUAGCCUUCUGCAGGAUAGCAACCCUAGCUUUGCGGCCAAUGCUAGUCCUGGAAGCCAGCCCAAUGACACGCGCUCACAACAGUUGGCCAAAUAUCAUCAGAAAUUUGCCUACGUCAGUAAUCGACUAGCUGCCAACGCAAAAGCGGGAGUCAAGCCCCCCUCCAAGACGACUGGCAGGACCACCACCCUCGACGACGUGCUUGUAGGUCUCUGGACAGACCCUAAGGGCCUAUCAUCCGACGGGAACCCUUCUGUAUCGAUGUAUAAAGACCUUUCGGCCUUUAUGGGAACUAUGAACAUCCCGUUUUCCUGGCAGGACAACUCUGGACUUGUUCACGAUACUGUCAACGAGAUUGGUCAGGUGUUGUUUGCAAAGACUGGACCCCAGGACCUCGCAGAGCUUGCUAAGAGUGGCGAUCCUUUUGGCAAAGUCAACACAGAAGUUUUAACUCAAGAUGGUCUCGUUCAGGCCUGCCAUGUCUACUACCCGAUCCCAAUGGGGAAAGAUGGGAAGCAUUAUUCGCUGCAUAGUGCUAUCCAUCUCAGCUACACCACGAAUGCAUGA